AUGGAUGAUCCUCGUGAAAUUUUAGCAGUUGAUCCAUACAAUAGCGUUACAUCUGACGAAGAAGAUGAACAGGCCAUCGCGAAAGAACUUGAAUUUAUGGAACGGAAAAGGCAGGCCUUAAUGGAACGAUUAAAAAGGAAGCAAGCGUUCAAAAAACCAAAUGAUCCUAAUUUCGAAGCCAUUGAAGUACCACAAUCCCCUACCAAGAGUCGUGUGAAAUCGGGAUCUCAAAAUGCUGUAAAACAAGUUACAAGGCUGGAAACUUCGAAUGCUAAUGAAUCGAAUUUAUCUCAAAUACAAAAGCAACCGGAAUUACCAAUUAAUACAACCACUUACUUUAUGCAAAAAUUCCAGAAUGCAAAGAAAGAUGAAGAUAGACAAAUCGCCAAGUUUGAAAGCAUGAUGGAUGCAAGAGUACAUACGUUUGGUACCGAUAACAAAAAAUACAAGCCAAUAAUCGCAAACGAACUAGAAGGCUUUUCAAAUCUUUGGGUUAAGAAGAGGUACAUACCCGAGGAUGAUUUGAAACGGUCAUUACAUGAAAUCAAGAUCCUUCGGCUAGGGAAACUUUUUGCUAAAGUUCGUCCACCUAAAUUUCAGGCACCUGAGUACGCAAACUGGGCCACGGUGGGCCUUAUUAGUCAUAAAUCAGAUAUCAAAUUUACAUCAUCGGAGAAACCGGUCAAGUUCUUUAUGUUCACCAUAACAGACUUUCAGCAUACACUAGAUGUUUAUAUCUUUGGGAAAAAGGGUGUAGAAAGAUACUAUAACCUUCGUCUGGGUGAUAUAAUAGCAAUACUUAACCCUGAAGUAUUACCAUGGAGACCCUCGGGGCGAGGAAAUUUUAUCAAGUCCUUCAACCUUCGAAUUAGCCAUGACUUCAAGUGCAUUCUGGAGAUAGGCUCAAGCAGAGAUUUAGGAUGGUGUCCCAUAGUAAAUACAAAAACACAUAAAAAAUGUGGCUCUCCUAUAAAUAUAUCCCUUCACAAAUGUUGUGAUUAUCAUAGAGAAGUGCAAUUUCGAGGGACGAGUGCCAAAAGAAUUGAAUUAAAUGGCGGAUAUGCCUUGGGUGCACCCACUAAAGUAAAUUCUCAACCCAGCCUCUACAAGGCCAAAGGAGAAAAUAGAUUUAAUAUCAUAAGGGAUGCUCGAAAGGGUCUCUCUGAAGAGGAGGAAAGAAUGAAAAAGAGCUCUCAUAAUUUUACCAAUAGUAAUUCUGCUAAGGCAUUCUUCGAUGAAAAAUUUCAAAAUCCUGAUAUGCUUGCAAACUUGGAUAAUAAGAGAAGAAAGAUAACCGACACCAAGAAAUCAAAAGCACUGAACCGCGAACUAGCCAAAAUUAUGAGAAGAAAGGAAUCAAGUGGAUUGGAAGAUAAAAGCGACGGGGAGAAACAGAAAAUGAAGCAAACGACUGAAAAUGCUCUUCAAACAGGGCUCAUCCAACGUUUAGGGUUUGAUCCAACUCAUGGGGAAAUUUCCAAAGUACUCAAAUCUUCUGUACCAGGCGGGGAAUCUAAGAACAAUCUUCUUAAUGGGAAGAAAACUGUAAUAAACGAUCUCUUACAUUACAAGAAGGAAAAAGUUAUCCUCGCACCCUCAAAGAACGAAUGGUUCAAGAAAAGAAACCAUCGUGAGGAGGUUUGGCAAAGACACUUCGGGCCUAAGGGAGAGGCUGAAGAAGCCUCGGAUGCUAGUGCCAGCGAUCUGGAGAUAAUAUAA